UCUUAUGAAAACGAAUUUACUGAAGAGGAUUUAAUUAGUAGUGACGAUGAGGAUCUCCUUGUGGAGGAAAGGGAGAGACCAAAAAAUCAAAAUUUUGUCCAGAUUAUUGUUCCACAAUUCAACAAUACAGAAUUCAUCGAACACUUUCGAGUGAGUAGAAUAGUUUCUGAACAGAUUUCGAAUCGCUUUGCAAAUUCGGAGUAUUUUACGUACCAGUCUGGAGGAAAUGGAAAGCUGGAUUCAUAUUAUCACGUGUUGAUUUAUUUAUGGUUUAUAGGACAUCAAACUGCUUCAUUUCGAGAUGUUGCAGACAGAUUCAAUAUAAGCAUUAGCACAUUGCAUAAGAUAAUACGAAAAAUGACACAUUUUCUAAGUAAUUUAUCACAUGAAGUUAUAACAUGGCCAUCAAAUGCUGAGAAAAUAGAGAUAGAACAUUAUUUUCGAACGAAAGGGUUUCCUGGUGUUAUAGGCGCAAUCGAUGGAUCCCAUGUCAAAAUAGACAAACCAACAAAUGACCCCGAUUCUUACUUAAACAGGAAACACUUUUUUUCCAUUCAGUUUCAGGUAGUAUGUGAUCAUCGGAGAAAAAUAAGAGAUAUCUUUGUUGGUUUUCCAGGAUCUGUACAUGACAGCAGGGUAUUUAGGGCAUCACCUCUAUCAGGGAGCCUGCCUGAUAAAUGCGGUCCUUUCUUUAUAAUAGGAGAUAGUGGCUACCCCUGUCUACCUAAUUUAUUAACACCAUUCAAAGAUUUUGGUAAUCUGACAAGAAGGCAACAACAUUAUAACCUAACAUUGUCACAAAAUAGGUAUCUAGUGGAACACUGCAUAGGUAUUUUAAAACAAAAAUUCAGGCAGUUAUACCAUGUUAAAUUGAGAAGUAUACCUGAAAUCACACAUUUCAUCAGAGCAUGCUGCGUUGUACAUAAUUUAUGCUUAGAUGACGAUUUUCCUGAUGAAGGCGCAGAUGCAUUAAAUUUAACAUUGCAAAGGAAUAUAGAAGCUGUGUAUGAGCACGAGAGGGAGAAUGAGGGAAACGAAAAUAGAGAUGACGUGACUGGCAUACAACGAAGAAGGAAUGUUAUGAAUAUGUUACCACUAUAA